CAUUAUUUGGUUUAUGAUUUACUAGUCCUUACAGGUUGAUUCAAAAACAAUUCCGUCACAUGUACUUCGCCAUUAGCUCGUUGCUUCACACUCAAACAUUACUUUCGCCAUUGCUAGCUCCUCCCUCUCUCCUUCAUCACCAUGUCCUCAACCGCCGAUCAACCGGAAUUGCAAAAAGAAGCAGAAGCUCCGGCCACCGUGACAGAUCCCGGAGACACCGCGAUCCGGCCGGAGGAAUCACCAUCAACCGGCGCGGUAGAUCCGAAGCUUGAUAUAUCCGAAGAAAUUGCUAACGAAUCAGGAGAGGUACAAUCGAGUGUUGCAGAGGCCUCGAAAUCUGACGAGAAAUUGGCGAAAUCUAAUGAGGCGAGUGAUUCAGAUCCCAAUGUGAGUGAUGUACAAUUGAACAAUGCAGAGGCGUCCAAAUUGGUCGAAUCGAAUGAGAUGAGUGAUUCAAAUGCGAAGGUAGAUGAGCUAAAGGAUGAUACAGUUGAAUCGGAGAGCAAUUCGAAGCAGCUAAAAAAAGAUGAAGGUAGCCGAACAUUUACAAUGAGAGAGUUGUUGGAUGAAUUGAAGAAUGGCGAUGCUAAUGAUGAUUCUGAAGCGGAAAGACGCGAAGGCGAUACUCCUCACAGUCAACAGAGCAAUCAGCAGCAGACAGACAGUAAUGCUGCCUUGGAGUUGAUUAACAGCGUCACAGGUGCUGACGAGGAGGGUCGAUCUCGCCAACGGAUUCUAACAUAUGCUGCCCGGAGGUAUGCUAGUGCACUAGAGCGAAAUCCAGAAGAUUAUGAUGCGCUUUAUAAUUGGGCACUGGUUCUUCAGGAAAGUGCAGACAAUGUAAACCCAGAUUCCACUUCACCUUCAAAAGAUGAUUUGCUGGAAGAGGCGUGCAAGAAGUAUGAGGAGGCAACCCGUCUUUGUCCUACGCUCAAUGAUGCUUACUAUAACUGGGCCAUUGCAAUAUCUGAUCGAGCGAAAAUCCGGGGUCGUACAAAAGAAGCUGAAGAACUUUGGAAGCAGGCAACAAAGAACUAUGAAAAAGCUGUCCAGCUCAACUGGAACAGUCCACAGGCAUUGAACAACUGGGGACUUGCCCUGCAGGAACUCAGUGCAAUUGUUCCUGCCAGAGAAAAGCUGACAAUUGUCAAAACGGCAAUUAGUAAGUUUCGUGCAGCGAUCCAACUGCAAUUUGAUUUCCAUAGGGCAAUCUACAACCUUGGAACUGUUCUGUAUGGAUUAGCAGAAGACAUGUCAAGAACAGGGGGAGCUGUUAACGCUAAAGAGAUUUCUCCUAAUGAGUUGUACAGCCAGUCUGCGAUUUACAUUGCCGCUGCACAUGCACUGAAACCAAAUUACUCGGUUUAUACAAGUGCCUUGAAGCUUGUGCGAUCUAUGCUACCUCUACCCUACCUAAAGGUUGGAUAUCUAACUGCACCACCUGCUGGUAAUCCGCUUGCACCACACAGUGACUGGAAGCGUUGUCAGUUUGUUUUGAAUCACGAAGGACUUCAACAGAUCAGUAAAGUUGAUCAACGCCACAUGUCAAGAAGCCUUUCAUCAAAUUCAGCAGAUACGAGUCCUAAUAGACAAGCAAUUAAAGUUGAUGUGCCUGAUAUCGUCUCUGUAUCAGCAUGUUCCGAUCUUACAUUACCACCUGGUGCAGGCCUCUGCAUUGAUACGAUUCAUGGACCAGUUUACAUGAUCGCAGAUUCAUGGGAAUCUUUGGACUGGUGGCUUGAUGCGAUUCGUUUGGUUUACACAAUAGGUGCAAGGAGCAAGAGUGAUGUUUUGGCAGGCAUCAUCACUUCAUAAGCUUUUUGCCUGUGAUUAUAUGAUCAACAUCGAGGGUGGUAUUCCUGCUAGAGAAGCCUGAUUUAUUAGCCUCUGGAGUCUGCAGCUAAUGUACACUUGUAUAUUAAUUCAAUUUUUCUCAUGAAAUGAGGUUCAUUGACGUUUUUCUUUUAAGCGGAUGUACGUCAUAGGAUUACAAAUAUUUGGGCUCGUACUGAUGUUUCAUAGAUGUGGAUUAGGAAGAAACUUUGUCAAAUUUAUACUUAGAGGCUUCUUAUAGUUUGGCUAACGGGUUCCAUCGUCUAUUGAGUUGAUUCGCUCAUUCAAAUUGAAAGAGGAAAUGCUGCAUAGCUAAAUUAGUUAUGCAUUUGGUAAUGAUUUAAGAUAUAUUCAGACAUUGUAAA